GUGAAGGCAGCAGAGCGGUGUAUCCAAUCACAAGCGCGCUCGGAGUGACGUCGGAGAUGUAAACAAACAGAGGCAGCGCGGCCAUUACAGUCAGAGUCCGCCAGAGUUCAACGUUUGAGCCGCUGCCGUCGAACAAACCGGGCUGUCAGGUCUGUGAGAGGAGGGACAUGAAAGACCCGAGCUACAGCAGCAUCGCCCCGAAAAUGACGAUCAGCAACGAGGUGAUCCUGAGCAGCCAGUUCCCGUCCGAGGACGACCCGUUCGCUGAGUACCUGUGGAUGGAGAACGAGGAGGAGUUCAACCGGCAGGUGGAGGAGGAGCUGUGGGAGGAGGAGUUUAUCGAGCGCUGUAUCCAGGAGCUGCUGGAGGAGGAGGAGCAGUGGGAGUGGUUCAUCCCGUCCAGAGACCUCCCCCCUCAGACGGUGGCUCAGCUGCAGGAUCAGAUCAGCCUGCUGGUUCUGGACGCAGACGUCGUGACGAACACAGAUUCAGGAGCCGGAUCAUGUGACCUGCUGCAUGUGACCAUUAAAGUCACUUUAAACUCUGGAGCUCCUGAUCAGCUCGUCUUCUCAAGCUGAGGAGCUCUGAUCAGCGCAGACUGCAGCCGACAUCCGUAACCAGUGAAAAGGUCCGCGGCGAGAUCUGAACCCGGUUCUGCUCCCUGAGGUCCAGAACAUUCCCUCAAACCCUUUUCCUGUUCAGCUGAUCGGCACCACAAAAGGACAGAAUUCAGAAACACGACUGAAACAAA